AUGUCGUCCAAACUCAUCCCUUCAGACCCUGAUCAUGUCAUGGUCAUUCGCAAUGUCACCCCCAACAUUGCCACUUUCUCAGUCCCCUUUUCACGAUUUGGAAAGGUCAAGAUCGGUGGCCGAGGCACUCUAGUUAAGCUCACCUCUGGAGGCCUUGCCAUCUUCUCACCAGUCGCACUCACCAAAGCCACCCAAGCCAAAGUCAUGGAGAUGGGAGGCGAUGUCCGCUAUAUCGUUGCUCUGGACUAUGAGCACCAUAUAUUCCUGUCGGAGUGGAAGAAGGCAUACCCGUCAGCCAAGAUCAUAGGCCCGGAGGGUCUACCAGAAAAGCGAGCCAAGCAGACCGACGAUCCCAAGAUCAACGACGAUGAGUUUGCUGUUGUUUUCAAGAAGGAAAACAAGCGGGAAAUCAAGAUCGACCCCGACUUCGAUGCCGAUUUUGACUAUGAAUACGUCGACGGCCACGCCAACCUUGAGAUUGUCUUCUUCUACAAGCCUGAGCAAGUCCUGAUCCAGGCUGAUCUUCUCUUUAACCUACCCCCCACCGAGCAGUACAGUAAAGUGCCCGAAUCAGAACUGCCCGCAGAUGGAGCUGUUGGCAAGCUCUUUGCCUGUGUUCAGAACCCCCGUGGCGAUACCAAGUGGUUACAGAGAUUCAACUGGUAUCUCCUCGCCAAGAACCGUGAAAGUUUCAACGACAGCAUGGCGCAGAUCGCCAAGUGGGACUUUCAUACCAUGAUUCCUUGCCAUGGAGAUGUUUUGGAGGGAGAUGGAAAGGAAGUGUUUAUGAAGGUGUUUGACUGGCAUCUCCAGGGACACAAAUAG